AUGUCGAUGACGAAUUCCGCCUCGUUCAUCGAGCACGACGACGACGAUGCCGACGAGAUCGAUUCCCUGCCUUCCUCGACGACCGACUCGAUAGAUGAUGACGAGGAGCUCUCGGAUGCGGAGCGCGAGUGGCGGGAGAGCUUGCAGCAGCUCGAGUUGCUGCUGACGAUGGUGUUGGUGCCGUAUGUGGGGAAGUACUUUGGGCGGAAGUGUGCAUACUGGGGCUGGGCAAAGUUCAUGGAGUGGAAAUACCCCGUCGAGAUCGUCGUGACGAGUCCAAGCUUGUUUAAAGGAACUGGAGCGGUCGAGGCGGCAGCGUCGUUGUGA